CCUUCCCCACCACUUCAACCAAACCCACACAGGUUGUCUCUCCUUCCUCAUCAAACCUUACCUAGCCUCUUCACACGAGCUUUCUUCUACUACCGUGCGCCUGUGUGCGCGGGGUCGAUUCUAUUUGAUCGCCUAGCUACGUAGCUGGUUUGCGACAAACUACCGAAACUCAUCCUUCAUUGUUGCCGCCGCGCUCUAUCCUUUGAGUCGCGUCGCCGUAUUUUUUCCUCCGAUAUCGAUACGGGAUCGUCGUCUCUCCUCUCCAGGUUGCAGAACGGACGCCGAUGAGAAUUACCAUGUCUGGCCGCAACAAAGAGACCGAAGCCGAGGCUCAGGAGGCCGAGUCGCCUGUUGAUGCCGGCGCUGGCGCCGUUGCCAAUGCCCCCCAGGCUCCUCCCCUGGCCGAAUCCCGUUCGUUCUGGUCCGCGAUCCUCCCAGUCAUAGCAUGCGGUGCCGGACUCUUCUCAGACGGCUACAUCAACAACGUCAUUGGAUCUGUCGUCACCAUCCUGGCCAUUCAAUAUGGCGACGUGUGGAAGACGUCCAACGCCAAGCACUAUCUCGGCGACAUUGCGUUUGCCGGGACCGUCGUCGGCCAGCUGGUCUUUGGCUACCUAUCCGACAAGUGGUCACGGACCAACACCCUUCUGACUUCGACGUUGAUUCUGAUCGUCUUCACCGCGCUCGCGGCUGGCUCGUACUACCACGGUGACCCGGUUGGCAUGUUUAACAUUCUAACAGCCUGGCGCUUCUUUGUCGGCAUUGGGAUAGGGGGUGAAUACCCUGCUGGCAGCGUAGGAUGUGCCGAGUCGACUGGCGAGCUCAAGGCCGGCUCGAGGAAUCUGUGGUUCAUCAUGUUCACCAACACCAUGAUCGACUGGGGGUUUGUCAUUGGCGCAUUUGUUCCCUAUGUAGUCGCGGCAGCUUGCAACAACGAGCAUCUCAGCACCAUUUGGCGUACCAGCCUCGGAAUUGGCGUUGUGUUCCCCCUCAGUCUGCUCGUUUUGCGUGUGUACUUGAAGGAGCCUGCGGAGUACCAGCGAAACUCGAUGAAGUACGCUAAGACGCCCUACCUACUGGUUUUGAAGUUUUACGGCCCCCGCUUGGCUGCCGUCAGCUUGAUCUGGUUUCUCUACGAUUUCUCGGCAUACUCAUUUAGCAUCUACUCGUCCCCGAUCCUGGCCAAUAUCUUCGACAGUUCCACUGCGCCGCUCACGACCGUCUUUGGAUGGAACACGGUCAUCAACCUCUUCUACAUUCCGGGGACGAUGCUGGGCGCACCCGUCUCGGACUGGAUCGGCCCUCGCUACGCGCUUGCAAUUGGCGUCACACUGCAGGCCAUCGUAGGUUUCAUCAUGGCGGCCUGCUACGACCGCCUUGCGCAACCGAGCAUGGUGGGAGCAUUCGCCGUUGUCUACGGCAUCUUCCAGUCGCUCGGCGAGCUGGGUCCAGGCAACAACAUUGGCCUUAUCGCAGCCAAGACGUGCGCGACGGGUGUGCGGGGCCAGUACUACGGCAUCGCGGCCGCCGUCGGCAAGAUCGGAGCCUUUGUCGGCACCUGGGUCUUUCCAUAUAUUGCCGCGGCCGGUGGUAACUCGGACACGUUGCAGGCCCAGUACCCGUUCUGGGUGUCUAGCAGCCUGUGCAUCCUCAGCGCCGUGCUCGUAAUCUUCUGCCUCCCUGAGAUCGGCCAGGACACCAUCACCCACGAGGACGCCCGGUUUCGUGCAUACCUCGAGGAGAAUGGCUACGACACGCGCCAGCUCGGCCUUAAGAAGGGUGAGAGUCUGGGGUCGCUGGAGGAGGCGGUGGACCCCGCUCUUGCCGAGAAGGCAAGCUCGUAAAUGACUAUCUCAAGGGGGACGUGGAAGACGAAUAAUUGGUCUUACGAGGGUCUCUAUGCGUAUGUUUUGUUGUGCGGGCUGCCUCGGAACUAAUCACGAGCU